GCUGUGCUGCCCCUAUUGCCCCCCAGCCUCACUUGAGCCCCGGUGCUGUGCCGCAGCCCUGCCCAGCCUGCAUCACCUCGCCCCGCUCACGGGGCCCACUGCAAGAACUUGCACUGCGCCAUGGAUUCCAUGUUUGAGGACGACAUCAGCAUCCUGACACCGGAGGCUUUGGGGCCGGAUGAAGACUGGCUGGACAGCCCCAACACCGACCUGUCGGGUGAGAUGUGCUCAGCAUCCCAUUUUGCCCUUAUCACCGCGUACGAUGACAUCAAGAACCGCCUGAGCGGGCUGGAGAGGGAGAACUCCACCCUCAAACGGCGCCUGAAGAUGUAUGAGGUCAAGUGCCCGCUGCUCAGUGAGUUCGGUGAGGAGCACAUCUUCUCCAUCUACGAGGCCAAGGAGACGUCGCUGCUUAAGAGCGAGAAGGCGUCGCUGCAACAACAGCUCAACCAGUUCCAGCACGAGCUGGAGAAGAGCAAAGAGCGCGAGGAGCAGCUGGAUGAGAUGAUCCAGGCCUAUGAGAAACUGUGCGUGGAGAAGGCAGACCUGGAGUCGGAGCUGGGAGAGAUGCGGGCGCUGGUGGAGACUCACCUGAGCCGUAUCCGCAGCCUGGAGCAGCAGCUGCGGCAGCGCGAGGCCAACGCAUUCCCUGCACUCAGUGCUCCAAUGCCCGGCCAGGAGGUGCCUUUCCUCUCCCUACAUCCCAACCCCGGCCUCAGCCACGUGCUGGAGCGCCCGGGGGGGUGGCAGAGCAGAGGGUUGGAAGCUGAGCUGGAAGCAGCACGGCAGGACGCUCAGCGUGCACAGCACCGGGAGGAGCAUCUGAAGGCUGAGUGUGAACGGCUGCAGCUGGAGCUGAAGCACCUGCAGGACAGCAGGCAGCAGGAGCAGUCAGAGCGGGACAUGGCCUGGGUGAAGAAAAUGGGAGAUGACCAGGUGAACCUGGCACUGGCCUACACGGAGCUGACGGAGGAGCUGUGUCGCCUGCGGAACCUCAGCUCCCUGCAGAGCCAGAUCCUGCGUGCGCUGCUGCAGGAGAAGAGCCUCAAUGGUGGUAAGGAGGGACAAGGGGUUCAUGGGGCUGGAAGAAACAGAGCUGGCUGCCCUCAUCCUUGUGUUGGUGCAGAGCUGCAUGCAUCCAUCCCAUGAGCAUCCCUGUAAGCAUCCACCCUAUGGGCCCCACUCUUUUGGGCUGCCAUCCUAUGGCUGUCUAUCCCAGCAGCAUCCCUCCUGCUUGGGCUCUAUGAGCAUCCAUCCUUGAGAAU